UGGUCAACAACAAUAAUGUGGUCCACUUUGCGAAGUGUUCUUUCUAUCACGUUUGCGUUCAACGUUGCCUCAGGCACCUCGGACCUGUUCACUGCAACGCAAGACAUGCAGGAGUCGAUUGGAACAGAAAACACAGCUCUUGAAGACGGCUACUUGUACCUGAUGCUGGAACAGCGGCGGCUGGAGAAAGCCAUAGAACACUAUAGAGCACUCCGGACUGCGAAGUCACUGCGAGAUGGCCUCAAUACAUUGGGAACAUUCCUCUUCAUCAGCCGUCUCGCCAACUCAUACCCCAAAUUCAGCGCUCCUUGUCCCAGCCUAUGUAGCCUUCCUUCGGCUUUCCUGCCGUCUUAUUCCCGACGUUGGUGGCCCACGGUCGGCGAUCUCAGUGGCGCCGCUGCUGGAAUCUGCAAGUUGCAGCAAGUCUACGACAUUCCGGUGGAUACGAUAGCAUCCAUGCAUUCUCGCCUACUGCCAGCAGUUUCGCCCGAAGACUUGGCACACGUUGCCAGGGGUUGCUUUACGGAUGGAGAGUUUGGGAACACUUCCGCCUGGAGCCAAGCAGCGCUUGCAAUGACGUCGCCCUUCACUGGCGGCGCAUUCAAGAGGCUUGAGCUUGGCCUCAAAAUACUGCGGACAAACGACGAGGUCAGGCGGCAGUUGGGACAGCGAGCGAAAUAUAUGUCGCUAAACCACUACCCUUCCUCGCCGGAGUCAGAUGUCAGCCAGUACAAGUCUGUCUGCGUUCGACAGGGCGCCGUGAGAUCAUCUGGCAGCAGACUUGUUUGCAAGAUGUCUACGAACUUCGGAGAUCCGCGCUUGAUUCUUCAGCCGCUCAAGUUAGAGGUGCUGUCGCUGAAGCCACGAGUAGUGCUCAUCGGCGACUUCCUCUCCCCAUCGGAAGUGAACUACAUCCGAUCGGCGGCGCAGAAGGGAUUCAAGCGUGCAGGCGUCUACUCCCCGACUGACACUGCAGGGAUGCCAAGCUGGAAACGAAUCGGCAAGGUAUCCUGGCUUUGGGAUCACGAACACGGUCCGCUACAGCAUCUGACCCGCCGCAUAGGAGCUGCAACGGGCCUCUCGGUGGAAACGGCAGAGGCAUACCAGGUAGCCAACUACGGCCUCGGUGGACACUACACACCUCACCUGGACGCGCAUGGAUUCGGCGAAGUUGCUCACAGCGUUGACACCGAGGACGGCAACAGACUGGCCACCACACUGAUGUACCUGACCGACGUGGCCGCGGGAGGCGCCACUGCCUUUGUAAAGCUGGGAAUCGCGGUGAAGCCUCGCGUCGGUGACGCCCUCUUCUGGUACGACUUGGAGCCGUACGCUGGGGACGAUGCCCCACAGCACUUCUCCUUCUGGCACCAGAAGAGGAGGGCGGACGACCUCUCCCUGCACGUCGGCUGCCCCGUACUGUGGGGCUCCAAGUGGAUCGUGACCAAGUGGAUUCGCGAGCGGACUAACGCCGUCGUGCAUUACGACACACCCGGCUGACGCCCGCGGAUAUGCGAGGAAGACGGCGUGUGUCUAAAUGAAGUCGGUCUUGUGUGCAAACUAGCAUUUUUUUUUAGUUUUGACUGUAUGGAAGCGGCUUCGAAUUAGAAUGAGUUUAUUUACAGGCAUGGCCGAGAUGUCGCCAUGAGGACGUGCGAUCUAGCCAGCUACUGCAAACCGUAAAAGCGGCAAGAAAAUAAGUUGUCAAUGGUGGGGCAGAGCAAGGAGAAAAAUGAGUUCAUUACAUAACAUAUAUUGCACUUAUACUUAUUAAUGCCUCGGAUUUGUUCCUUCGGUGUGCAAAAAAGCUGUAAUUAUUAAAAAACAAACCCCAUGA